UGGAGCGGCUUCCUUCGCCCUCUCGUUGGUUGCCCGGGAAGUGGCUGCAGUCGACGGCGGUGUUGCCCUUAUGGCAAAACUCCACGUACUAUAUAGCAGGUCGUCGUUACCCCAGAAACUUCUUUUUACCCCCUUUGGAAUGAAUCUUGGGGGAUUUUUAAAGAUCACUAGAAGGACGACAGAUUUUGUUUCAGGAUUGAGUCCCUCUUUCUCCAGUGCAAGACCGUGGGAAUGUAGGAAGUUGCCUUGCAAUGGGCGGUGUGUUCUUGUCCUACCGCUCUGCCAUUCUCGGAAUCUUUUCUUAUGAAGCAGUUCCUGGUGUAAAGUGCAAAAGAAAUGGCCUGUGUAACGGACUUUAACUUCAAGGACCUGAUAUUUAGGAUUCAUAUGGAGUAAAGAAUCCUUGAUUACUAUAAUGGAAAAAACAUGGAGGCUCUGGACUUUCAUUGAAAAAUGUCUACUUACCUUGAUGUCAUGGUCCUGGGGACUCUGUCGUAUUUCUCUCUUACCUUUGAUAGUAACUUUUCAUCUGUAUGGAGGCAUGAUUUUACUUCUGUUAAUAUUUAUAUCUAUUGCAGGGAUAUUGUAUAAAUUCCAGGAUGUAUUGCUUUAUUUCCCCGAGCAACCCUCUUCAUCACGACUUUAUGUUCCUAUGCCUACUGGCAUCCCACAUGAGAAUAUCUUCAUCAGAACCAAAGAUGGUGUGUUGCUUAAUCUAAUUCUCCUCAGAUUUACAGGGGAUAAUUCUUCAUAUUCACCUACUAUCAUUUACUUUCAUGGGAAUGCAGGAAACAUUGGUCACAGACUGCCAAAUGCUUUAUUGAUGCUUGUGAACUUGAAAGUAAACUUAUUGCUGGUUGACUAUAGAGGCUAUGGGAAAAGUGAAGGAGAAGCAAGUGAGGAGGGCAUCUAUUUAGAUUCAGAGGCUGUUCUAGACUAUGUAAUGACUAGAUCCGAUUUGGAUAAGACAAAAUUUGUUCUCUUUGGCCGUUCCUUAGGGGGAGCCGUUGCUGUUCAUCUAGCUUCUGAGAAUGCCCAUAGGAUUUCUGCCAUCAUGGUGGAGAACACAUUCCUUAGUAUCCCGCACAUGGCCAGCACUCUGUUUUCUUUCUUCCCAGUGAGGUACCUUCCUUUGUGGUGCUAUAAAAACAAGUUCCUGUCUUACAGAAAAAUUUCUCAGUGCAGAAUGCCUUCACUUUUCAUCUCUGGGCUGGCUGACCAGUUGAUCCCUCCAGUUAUGAUGAAGCAGCUUUAUGAACUUUCUCCUGCUCGGACUAAAAGAAUGGCAAUAUUUCCAGAUGGAACUCACAAUGACACUUGGCAGUGCCAAGGCUACUUCAGUGCACUUGAACAGUUCAUCAAAGAAGUGCUAAAGAGUCAUUCCCAUGAAGAAACCGAAAAAUUGUCAUCUAAUGUCACAAUAAUAUAACUAAUUCCAGUCUGUCUUUUUGAUUGUACCUGGACUUGUUGAAGAUGAUAAAGAAUGAACAUUUUAAAAAUGUGUGCUCUUGUCUGUACUUGCCUAAAGAACAAAAUUAAACAUGGAGAGGUCUACUAA